GUGACCUGGCGGCCCGGCGACACCUCUUUCGCUCAGUAACCGCUCCGAGCAGCUCCGAGCAGGACCCUCGCUCCCGAAAAAAGAAACCUCGCGCCCCCCCUACCCCCCGAGCGCCCUCACCAUGAAGACCGCUGGACUAGCUUCUCUUCUCCUUCUCUCCCUCCUGCUGACGGGGACAGAAUCAGAACAACCAGGUCCACCGCCAUCAAUAAAUCAGAACGCCACAGAAUCAGAACAACCAGGUCCACCGCCAUCAAUAAAUCAGAACGCCACAGUGUCAAAAUCAGCAAUAGCAACGACUGUAUCUGACGAAACUAUAAAAUCAACUGAAGCAGCACCCAGAACAAUAGGCUCGACACCACCACAAGUGUCCCCAGAGUCCACCAGGAAUGAUACUCGCAAUAAAAACAGGUCAGAAGAGACUGGAUCCACUCAGGAAGGAGGCUCCCCCACCGGAAACGUGACAGGAAUUACUACUACUAAGGAUACGGCUGUUAAUGUAACUGCGACUCAGACCACCCCUUCAGCAGAUUCCCCAGUGACCACCAGUACUAGCGGUACUAAUGGUACUAGCCAUAAAAUCAAGUCAGGAGAGACUGCACCCACUAUGGAAGCACCGAAGUCAACAAACGCUCCUGGAAUGACAGUUGUCACAUCAACCACAAAUGCAUCCGUGACAGCUAGAGGUGGCACAAGCCUAGAUAACAAUGAAUCAAACAAGCAAAUGAAUGGACAACCCAAAGAACCCCCCAAACAAGAUAAAAAGAUGCUUUGGAUUCUGUUGCCUGUACUUGUGAUUCUGGUGGCUGGGGUCAUCUAUGUUCUGAAAAAGUACACAAAGGGCCACACACGUACAGACACAGCAGAGAAUGGAACAGAAAAUGCUUCCUUUCAAAGCAGAUCUGACAAUAAAGAUGGAGUGAUGCUUCUGGGGGUGAAAACAUCAGCAGGAGAGGAAAAUGCAGCUGCAAGAUAAGGAGGAAGAAUGAACACUACUGAGUGAACCAAGAAAUGGGCCAGUACUUUGACCAGACAAAAAGGGCUCCAAAUCACACACUAUUUUGUUAUUUACCUUUUUUGUUGCUCUGAAACACAAUAGGGCAACUGCAACCAGUUUAGCAGGUUUAAUCCCCUAUGACACAGAACUGCAUUACGACUGGAGCAGCCACGACUAUUCUCUGAUUGGGAGUAGCUAUUCCACUUCUAUACAUACAGAAUAUGUGCUGCCUAGAGGUGUAAACCUGUGGUUUAAACUCCUGCUGAGUUGUUUGCAUUCGCCCCAUUGUUACAAAUGUCUCAUUAAAUCUAUUACACAUAAGCAUCUGGAAACAAACUACGUCGCCUGAGGGAUGUGCCAUCACAUGCAAGAGGAAAUGAUGUCACUUACUGAAGGAAAGGAAGGAGCAAUUGCAUCUAGAAACAUGUGGCUUUUUAUAAAGAAUGGAAGUUUAAAUAUUUGAAAUAUGGAGAAAAUACCUUUUUUUUUUAAAUGAAUGAAACUUGAUGGAGGGGUUUUAUACCCCAGUGGGUCUAGAGGGCUACAGGCAAAAAAGGGUCAAUGGAGCUGUCGCAUACACUGAGACUAGGCUAAAAUCAAGAGGUGUGAGAUAGAAGCUACCAGUGGAACACUGAGUGAUAACAAACAAUGAUGAUGAACAAUCUGGAACCUUCUGCAUGCUACAAGCCUAUAGGGAAAAUUAGUGAAUUUGAGAUAUAAACUCAAAAGAAAAUAAGGCAAAGCACUACAUGCACAUGCAUUAGCAUUGUAUACACACGCACGCACAAUCACAAACAGAUAAACACACACACACACACACACGCAUACAUACACACAACCAUUUACCAUUUCCAUUUGCAUAUGCACAUCCAAGCAAACAGAAACACACACAAAUGUAUGCUUUGCAGAUCACUGAAAAAUCAGAACAAAGUCAAAGUCUUACUUUAAGUGGACAAGGCUGUUACACACUGGCAAAAAUGUAUAUUUUUAGAAAUUGCACAAGAAAAAGUAUUUUGAGCCAAAUAAUGUCUUUCCAGUGAUUGAUUACACACUGUUGUUGCUGUUUUUUCCUUGCCUUUGGUUACAAGAAUCAGUCUUGUCUUGUCCGUUCUACACAGUAAAGAAUAUUGUAUUAAUUCCCGGAUAAAUUCAGUAGUUGUACAAAUAUGCUUAAUGAUUUUUUUUUACUCUGUAUGUACAUGUAAUCACAAACAAAAUCAAUCCAAACCCCUCGUUCCUCGUACAUUUCAGUGAAUUGUGACCAGCAAAAUCCUUGAUCUGGAGUCAAAUAUUACAGCAGCAUUUUUCAGAAAAAUGUUCAGAUGUCAAAGCUAGAUAUUCCAGAUGUCAGAAAAAAACAAAACAAUCUUGAUUUCCCAGUGCUUAUUGUGGCACUACUCUACUAGGUUCACACAAUGGAUUUCUUUAAUACAAAAUGACAUUAGGCUCAAAUGAUUCUAGGAUCCAAACAAAUGAGGCCUUUUAUAGGUAAUAUUAGCAUUGCGGAUUACUGUUUAAUUUAAAGUACACACACACACACACACAAUGAGAAACAUGGAGAAAGGUGGUGAAGGUUGGGUGUUUUAUCAGUUGUUCUUUUACUUUUGGAAUCACUUUGUUAAUGCAUACCAUGCCAAGAUUGUAGAGAUGAUUUAAACCAAUUUUGUCACUGUUGACAUUGCUUUUGUUUUUUUUCCAGAAUAUUUGUGAAUAAGUGUCCUUCUUUUUGAACCAGUUUUAUGCAAGUGGAAAAUUGUUUUCUUUUUUAAAUCGUGUCUUAUUAAAGUUCUCAUAAUUUUCCUAUAA